GACUUUUAGGAGUGAAGCUCCAUCUCUGGAGUGGGAGUUCAGCAAUCAAUUUCUCAGCGUCGCGUCUUCAGGGCGGACGGCGAGAAGUAUCUGUAGCCAUGGCCAAGCCGCAUUUGCUGUUGUGCGUGGUGUUACUGCUGUUUAUCAGCACCCUGGAAGUUAUCAGCACCCUGGAAGCCAGUACAAGAACUCCCAAUGUACAAGUGUAUUCCCGCCAUCCUUUGGAGAUUGGCAAGAAAAAUGAAUUGAAUUGCUAUGUGGAUCAGUUCCAUCCUCCCAAAAUCAACAUCACUCUUCUGAGGAAUAGUCAGCCACUUGAAAACAUGCAGCACUCUGACCUUUCUUUUGAUAAAACCUGGGCCUUCAAUCGCCUGGUUUAUGCUGAAGUCGUUCCAAAUGGGAAAGAUAAGUUCUUCUGCAAAGUGGAGCACAGCACCCUGAAAGAACCAAAAAUUGUCAUGUUGGAUCAAGAAUAUUAACCAGAUGAUCCCAACAAAUAAGGUCUGAAGAAAUUUCCUUUUCAAUAUUGCCACUUAUGUGAUCCCUGAGGAGGAGUCUUCCUUGCUGUUCCUGCUUUUCAUCCAAUUACAGAGUUCAGUGGACAGUUUUCUAGCAUGUGAUGAGCUAUGCAUACCAAGGGUGACAAUACCUGCUGAUGUGUCACCUUUGAAGCUUUUAAUUGUAUAGAUGUGAGCUUUUAUACAGUAGGGCCCUGCUUUUUGGUGGCCGCUUUUCGGUGUUCCACUAAUACAGCGGUUUUCAAUUAGAGUAAGGCCCCACUCAUACGGCACUUGUUCCGCUUUUAUGGUGUUUUUUGGGCGCCAUUUUAUGAUGGAAUUCCACUUUUUGGCGGGCUUUGCUUUUAGGCGGGUGUCUGGAACGUAACCUGCCGUAUGAGUGGGACCCUACUGUAUUUUGUGUGUCUGCUGUAGGCUGUCAACUGAAGAUUGCAGGGGAAACUUGAGCUAUCAUGCCUUUAUAAUAACACUGAGAGUUUUGCAGUUUGAAAUCUUUAAAAAAAAUGAUGUAAUAGCUUUUGUUGAAUUUUGCCUUAAAUACUUUUAGUAAGUAUUUAAUUACUUUUAAAAUCUUUCAGAAGUUUGUUUGGAUGUUUGUAAAGCAAAGCAAGUUAAAAAGAUUAUAUACUUUACCUUUUUAAUCAAUUGGCUAUGAAUUAUAUCUGAAAUGUAACUUUUAAUGCUUUUAGCCUACUCCUAAUAAAAACUUUAAUAAAGUGCAUGUAAUAUUUCCUUUAUAACAA